AAUGUUCCUGCAGGCAGGCAUGCCCCCACAUCCUUGUGCCCUGCUGGACCCGCAGAACCGGACUGGUCUCAGCAAUAGCAUUGUUCUGAUCUUCCUGCCGGGGUUAAAACAACAAUCAGUGUUAUGGAGGAGGACUUAGAAGUGUUCCAGGAACAAGAUGUGACUAAAGCUUCUCCAUGUGAAGCUGAACUUCAGGAAUUAGUGCAUCAAAUUGACAUUAUGGUAAACAGAAAGCAAGUAGAAUGGGAAAGAAAGAUGAGAGCUUUGGAAGUAAAGAUGGAUAUCCAGGAUCAAGAAUUAGCAAGUGCCCAAAGCAAACUGGAUCAAAAAGGUCAAGAGGUGGGACUACUUCAACAAGAACUGGAAAACUUACAGAAAACUAAAAAUGAAAUGGCUCAGAGUUAUGAAAGUCAGCUUCAAGCACUGAAAUCUCAAUUCUCAAAGUUGACACAUAGUUAUGAAAAACUACAGUCACAUCAGUUGAAACAAAAAAAGCUCGAAAAUAGAGAAAAAUGUGAGGAAAACCUGGAGAUAUCAUCUAACCCAAGGAAUUUAUACAUUAAACCGGAGGACUUUAAGCCAAAAUCACAAGAAUGGGAGAAGAAUGGGACAACCUGUGUAAAUAACCCAGUUUAUGCAGAUAUGCAAGCAAAAUUAUUGCCCGAGAAAUGUAAUUUGUUUCAGAAGCAGACCCAGAAUUAUCAACUCCAAAUAUGCAAAAAGAAACAAAACCAAGAAGAGAUAAUUACCUAUAUCCAGCCCAAAAGUGAACACGAUGAUUUGAUUAUUGAAAAGCUAAAGGCAAUUGUGAAUGAAAUAGCAAGAAACAAGAAUAAGCUGGUAGAGGAAAAUAUGAAACUCCACGAGGAUCUAAAAAUGUACCAAAACCAGUGUCAGAACAUGGAGGCAGACGUCUCAGAAAUGAGAAAUGAGCUGCAGUCAAGGGAUGGUCUCUGGAGAAGGAUACAACUGGAAUGCCAGAAGUUGUAUACAGAAUUACUGAAAAUCAAAGAGUAUGAAGAUAUGCAGGAAAUUCAAAUAAAGCAUCAAUCAUCUUGUGUGCAGCUUACUGAGCAACUAGAAGAUAAAAACACUGAGUUAUUGCUAGUUGCAGAAAGUCGAGAACACCAAGAAGAGCUGAACAAGAUAAGAAACCAUGUUUAUCGAGAGGAGCAGCCCCAUUGCUCUGAGCAGGAAAGAAUGAAGACAGAAAUCUCUGACCUGACAGAGGAGCUUCAUCAGAAGGAGAUCACUAUAGCAACUAUCAUGAAGAAAGCUAGUCUUCUGGAAAGACAGUUAAAAAUGGAGUUAGAGACAAAACACAAACUGUUAACAAAACAACAGCUCCUGGAAUUCCAUUACCAAGUUAUCAAAUCUGAAAACACACACCUAAAAGAAAUGGUGGAAAACCAGGAGUGUGAAAAUUGCAUGUGCAUAGAUUUAUGUAACAAAGAACAUGGAAAUUUCGCAGCUUCUGUUCACAAAAUGAAACAUGAGAAUUUAAGACUACAAAAUAGCCUCGUUAAACUACAAAAUGACACAGAAACAUCAAUACUGGGUUGCAUGGAUACAUACAGAGAAAUGGAGCACAGCUACCAAACCCAUUCAAAGAUGCGAGAAAAGGAAGAGAGAUCUUUCCAAAAUAAAGAUUCAUGGAAAGUGGAAUGUCAACAGACUACUAUGCUCACUGCUGGUGGAUACCACAGAAACUGCAGUCCUGCUUUGUAUGGCCAAGGCAGUAUCACUGGUUCAAAAAGUGGUAACACUUUAUCUUCUCAUCCACUUCACAGAGGUCAUGAAAAGAAAACAGUUUAUAAAUCUCCAUUACCACCAGUGGGGUAUCCUUUGGGCUGUCAUGGGCCAUUCCCUGAAGUGAGCAGAAAAGGCAGCUUUCAGACACCUGCUUACAAUGCUGAAGAAAUAAAAUUAUCGUCUCCCCCUGAGAUGUCUUUCCUUGCAACAGAAAAGUUCCUUCAAGAGGAAGAGAAACAUGCAAGAGAAUUUGAAGAACGUUUAAAUUCACACCUUGAAGAGCUGCAAAGAUAUUCUGAAAAUACUCUAAAAAAAUAUGCCAGGAUGCAGCAAAGCAGGCAUACUUAAGCCAGUCACACAAUUAAGGAAAUCAAACCAAGUAAUCACCCAUGAGUUUCUCAGAACUAAAAUCUGCAACUAGCUGCUUAAUGUAUUUAGGCACAUUGCCAAUAGUAUGUAUUUGUAACACCAAGCUUUCAAGAAAAUCAUUACCCUACAGAUUUAAGUAUAUUGUAACUUGACUAUAUUACAAAAUAAACUCUAAACAUAUUCUAAAA